AUGAAUCUACAUAUGCAUGAGACCUUUCAGGGUGCAGCCCAGAGUGCCAUCAAACGAAGCCAGAAUGAAACUAGGGGCUGUACCUCUAAUAUUGAGAGUUUCCUGAACUCAAUUGACUCAAUUGCUGUCGGGGAGACACUCUAUCUCACAUCACUUGAGGCUCCAGAAAAGCUCCUUCAUAUUCAACUUUGCUGGUGGAAAUUCCUUGAAUGCAUAAGUCAACAGGCAUGCAGAGGGUUGGCGUCCGUUACAAAGAAUAGUGGUCAUACAGCAUUGAUCAGUUGUGCGCCAUUGUUCCUACUGGAUAUUGAAUUUUCCAACAUUUGGCUGAAAUUUGGGCUCACAAGGUUUGCAUGUCGCCAAGAACUAUAUAUGGUUUCUGACUACGUAUUAUCACUCGAUAGAAGGUUACUUUCUGUACGUUUCAACUCCUCAAAGGACUCUCUGCAAGAAAUAAGGGCAAAUGAAGAUCUGCUAUUACACGAUACGCAUCCCUUUCCGCCCCAACUGGAUGUUUCGAUUCCAGCAGCUUGCCAGAGCAACCCAAGCGUUACCGUGCCUGUUCUGGCAACUUCUAAUCCCCAUCCAGUUACAUACGAACUCACAUUGACAAAGUCUGAGGUGACCUAUCUAAUUGGCAAAGCUGGAGCGCGCAUCCAAUCUACCAGAGAAAGCACAGACACUACAAUCAAGAUCUUACCUAUUGCUAACAAGCUCUCAUCUCAAGCGCUAAACAGACCAGAAUCAGUCGUGCAAGCGAUUAUGAUAACGGGUGACCUUUACACAGUAGCUCUGGCGAUGGCCACAAUUGAAACACAACUGUCAUUACAUCGAACUUCUCCGCGAAAAGAGCUCUGA